AUGCGUACAGUUCUUCCACGAAGACGAAAAUGCAGUGGCGGAGAUGGUCCUACUGGUGUGUCAAAAAUCCGCGACCUCCAGAGCAGUAGAGUGAACGCAGUGAUCCUGCUGCGUAUGCAUACGUCCAUUACAAAUCACGAACCCUUUUUGCCUUAA